AUGCAAACAAAUGAUUUAAACAAUAGCUUUUUGACAUAUUCUAAACAGUCUAGUGUGGAUGAGACUAGUUCCUCAUUUCAAAUUUAUCAGAAUGAUCUAUCAUUUCUUUCAUCUGAGCCGUAUGCAUUUUCAUGGACAAAUCGUGGUAUAGGUAUUGGUGGUGAUUUAAAUGAUUCAAAUUCAAUUGAUUUUGCUCGUGGUAUGCCUGUCACAUCUGAUUAUUCACAAAUCGAAAAUACAACGAUUAAUUAUGCGUUAAAUGAUUCUACAUUUCAAAAUUUAUCACCGCCAAAAGACAAUCGAUUAAAAUGGAAUAUAGAACAAGAGCAACAUAUUUCGCCAAAUACAUCGUUAUCAGAUGAAACAUUGUAUGAUGAAAAUGAAGGUGAUAUUGAAGAUAUUGAUUGGACAUCAGUUGCACAACAAAUUGAAACUGCACUCAGAACAACUGUUAAUGAAGAACAAACAAAUAAACGGGUUAAAGCCACUGUACAAAAAAAUGAUACCGGAAAUCGUAAUAAGGGACUGCCACCAAAACCCCCAUCAAAGAUGGGCGUAACAGAAAAGCAUCGAUUGAUUACACCAGAACAACAGACGGAAAACGAUGAGAAUAAUUGUUUAGUUAAAACACCAACAAAAAAACCAGAUUUUAAUAAUUUUAAACAGAUGAUUCAAACUUUACUACAUUCAACGCAAUCAAAAGUACCUAUAAUACAUCCAGAUCAAAAUUCAAAUUCUGCAGCUCGGCAAAUUCGUGUUCUUGCAGAAAUAACUGAACUAAAUCGUCACAAUAUUCGCAAUUGUAAUCACCAGACACUUAAUAUACAAUAUGAUUUACUAACAAGUCAAAAUAGAUCAAAUCAACAAAGAAUAAAUUAUAUUCAAGAAAUAACACCACGCAAAUGUUUUGAGAAAUCAAGCAAAAAAGCAAAACAUCUCACUCCAGCUCAAACACAAACUGAAGAAAAUGAGAUUAUUUCAACUCAUUCUCAAUUACAUACUGAUAAUAGUCAGUCGAAACAGACGCUCAACACACUGAAUAACGUUUCAACUCAAACAGAUUGUACAAUUAAUCGUCAAACACAAAUUGAUAAUGAUGCUAAUCUUGUACAGUUUAAGGAAUUUGAAUCUCCAAUAAAAAAACAGAAAUUAAAUGAAACUAAUAAAGAUCAAAAACUAUUAACUGAUUCAGAAGAUAAACAAGAUUAUUCUCAAGCGUUGUUUGAACCGGCAACAAAAACAUCGGAUACAAUCGAACACCUUUUUCAUCAAGUUAUUUCUUGUCAACAUCAGCAAACUCAUUUGUUACAAAAAAUUAAAAAAUUAGCACAAAUUAAUAAUAGACGAUCUGAAAUAAGAGAAAAAUCAAAUUAUGAGCAACUAUCGUCAUCAUCAGUUGAUUCCCUAUCCGAAGUAAUAUCAUCGUUAUCAACUUUUUAUUUACCUAUGGAAAAUGGAUCACAAAGUCCAAUAUCACUACAAGAUGCAUUUCAAAGCAAAAAACAAAAUUUUCUUCUACAUUCCCAACAACGUCUAGCAAAUAUUAAACAACGUUCGAAAAAAUAUUCGAAUGAACGUCAUCGUUGUGAUUUAUCAAACAUAGAUACGCACUCAUCCAAUACAAAAAAGAAAGAACAAAUAGUUGAAGGAAUAGUAACAAUAAAAAAUGAUCAACGAAAACGAAAAUUAAAUACUUAUCUUCAACAAAAACGUCAUCAACAACUAGAGCAAACAAGAUUAUAUCAACUAAAACAAAAAAAUAGAAUUAAUGCUAGAAAUUAUGGAAAAUCUUUGAAAGAUCAUGUUGUUAAAACAUCUUCGGCCACAAUUAAAUCGAAAAUAGGAUUAUUUUAG